CAGUUCCAAGUGGGUGAUCUAGUAUUACUGAAUUUACAGCCAUACACUGAGUUCUCUGUGGCUAACAAGUAUGGAUUAUUCAGGAAAGCACAUUCGCUCUCUAGAAAUACAGAACUAGCUCUUGUUUAUUGGAGUGUCAAGAACAUGACAUGUCAUCACAUAACAACCUACGAAUCCAUGAUGCCUGCUGGCGCAAGCACAGAAAGAGAGAAAAGGGGGGAGGGGAGAAAAGAGUGAGCAGCUGCACUGCAAGUACACGGGCUUGAGUUGUCCCGGUAUAUACCCUCUUCUCCCUUAAGCUAGGGCGAUUAAAAUAACGCAAGUAAAUACAGCUCGGAAUCGAGCAACGGGCCGUGGACGUUUGGGUAUCUAAUGGUCCAUCAGUUGCUAAUAAAGCUGCCUAUGUGGCCGUGUAUAAAUGCACUGCAGCAACGGCGAAGGCACUCGGCAGCAGCAGCUCCCACGCAGAGGCAGUCUCUCCGGCGAGCUCCAGCGCCGUAGUCAUCAUCGCCAUGGCUAGGGAAGAAGAGCUCAAGAGGAUUGACCUGAAGGUGAACGUGAGCUGCUGCGACGGCUGCAGGAGGAAGGUGAUGAAGGCGAUGAGCCUCAAAGGCGUGCUGAGGACGGAGAUCCAGCCGUCGCACGACCGGGUGACCGUCGUGGGCGACGUGGACGUCAACGUCCUGGUGAAGAAGCUGGCCAAGGUGGGCAAGAUCGCCGAGGCGCUGCCUCCCGCGCCUGCUGAGCAGGGCAAGAAGCAGCGCGAUGACGGCGACAGAGCGGUGCCGGCGCAGGCGCAACCGCAGGCGGAGGAGAAGUGCAAGGGCAAGGACGACGCCGGUGGCAAGGCGGCGGCUAAGGCAGCGCCGGGCAAGCAUGAGGGGUGCAAGAAGUGCGCGCGCGAGGCCGCCGCGCGCGCCGUGGGCGACAGUGGCGACCACUGCAGCGGGAAGAAGGCGCCGUCCAAAAAGGACAACAACGCCGGCGGCGGCUGGGGCGGCGAGGAAGGCGGCGACGCCGACGCCGACGGACUCGACGCCGAGCCCUUGGCGGUGGCGCCCCACCACCACUAUGCGCAAGCCCAGACGCAGCAGCACUACCACCGCGCGGAGCCGGCGAUGGUGGUGCCGGUGCACGUGCCGCCGACCUACUACUACCCGCCUCCGGCCGCCGCGGCGAUGCCGUACUACGGCUACUACGGCAUGCCCCCGCCCCCGCCGCCGACGAUGGCGAUGACGAUGGGGGUGGCACCGCCGUCCCAGCGGCACCCGCAGGCCCGGCCGCAGCCUUCCCGCUUCGACGAGGACUUCUUCGACGACGACAACACGGUCGGCUGCAGCGUCAUGUGAACCGUUGACGGACGGCCGCCGCCACGCGCCGUAGCCGGCCAUGCUUUGUAGCGCCAUGCCAUGUCGUUUUCCCGGGCAGAUCGCACCCGAUGGCGAUGCCAUCUGUCUGCCCCAUCCCCCGCGCGCGUGCACAGUGUGACUAUAUAUGAUGUGCGAGAAAGAAGCAAAGGAAGCCACCCCCGACGUUCUGUCAACGUACCA